AGUCUCUCUCUCACACCGUUUCGCAGUUUAAACCUUUUUCUCUCACUGUACUUCCCUAGAGUUGAGACCUUUAUCAAUCCUUUUCAGUAAAUCGAGGAACCCAUUGUGGAAGGAGGAUCUGCAUCACUAGUAAAAAAGGAGACACCUUUUGGGGGUAUUGAUGAGCAAGCAAACGGCGGAGUCGGGUCGGGCCAUCCAACUGGUUUACACAGAUGAGAAUGGGAAGUUGAAGACGGACCCGGAAGCCAUCGGCGCUCUUCAGAAGCUUAAGGGUCCGGUCGCUGCUGUCUCUCUCUUCGGAAAAGCUCAACAUGGCAAGAGCUUCAUCUGGAAUCAGCUUGUUAGCAGGAGCGUUGGAUUUGAAGUACAAACUCUUCACAGGCCUUGCACUGGAGAUAUAUGGAUGUGGAUUGAGCCUGUGAAGAGGAUCUCAGAAGAUGGCUCUGAAUAUAGUUUAGUCUUACUCGAUGUCCAAGGGGCUGACUCAAAUGGUGUCCUGGCUUCACGCAGCAGUCAGAUAUUUGGCUUGGCUAUCCUCCUAUCAAGCGUGUUUAUCUAUGGUCCGACACUUGGUGUAGAUGACAUUGCACUUGAUCUCUCUCGUCUACUUGAGAUUAGCAAGCACGACCACGUUGGAGAUGCUAAGGACAAUACAUUUAAAGGGCUUGGGCAGUUCUCUCCCAUGUUUGUUCAACUUAUGACGGACAUUAACUCAGAAACAGUGGAGAGUGCAGAUGAUGUAACUCUGAAUAACAAAGUAGAAGCCCUACGACCUCAGCUUCUCUACGGUGUAAAUGCUCUAGUGAAGUUUGUCUCUGAGAGAGUAAGGCCUAAGAAAAGAGGUGAUAGUACCAUCGUCACAGGGCCGCCUCUUGCUGCUUUCACAAAGUCGUUUUCAGAAAACGUUAACAACAGUGUCAUACCUAAAAUUUCUUCUUUAUGGCUGUCUGUAGAGGAAUCAGAAGGUAGGAAGGCUUGUGAUACAGCAACUGAGGUAUACAUGUCUUCUUUGGAGCGUGCAGAGACUCCCCAAGAAGAAUCGAUGCUAAUAGAAGCACACAACAAGGCGGUUGCCAAAGCUUUAGAUGCGUUUUGUGAAUCUUCCAUUGGAAACGAUGAAGUUAAACAGAGAUACAAAAGAGAACUUUGGAGUUUCUUUGCCAAAGCAAUUGAGGAUCACAAGAGAGUGGCAGAUAUGGAAGCGUAUUCGAGAUGUUGUAAUGCCAUAGAAGACAUGGGCAAGAAACUAUGGGCAUUGCCUUGUUCUCGUGAUGCUAAUAGCAGCGAUAUAAUCAAGGCCCUUGAUACUGCUGUUGCGGAGUAUGAAGUAUCUAUCAACGGUCCUAUGAAGUGGCAGACACUCUCUUCUUUUCUGAAAAAGAGUAUACAGGACAUUCUCGUCCAUCGCAGAGGGAAUCAAAUGGAAGAACUUCUUUCUGAGAACUCCAAACUCAAGCUGCAACACCGUUCCAUGGAAAGCACAAUCGAUCUGCUCAGCAAACAGCUUGAAGGAGGAGAGAAAAUGAGGAAGGAGUAUCAGAAGCGCUACGAGGGCGCCAUUCAUGACAUGAAUAAGCUCUCGGAUCAGUUCAAAAACCGGAUUCACGACCUGGAAAGUAAGUGUAAGUCGAUCCACGAUGAACACUCAAACCUCAUGGAGGUGCUCGGGUCUACAAGACUUGAGGCUGCUGAGUGGAAACGUAAGUUUGAGGGGACGUUGGAUGAGAAUGGAGUGAGCAAUGCGUCGAUCAAGAGGUGCGAUAGGUCCAUUGAUUGGAAAAUUAAGUACGAGAACACUAUAAGUGAGCAGAAGGCUGUGUCAGAGAAGAUAGCUGCAAUGGAAGAGAGAUUGAAGCAAGCUUCAGCUAAGGAAGAUGGCAUGAGAGCUGAGUUCUCCCGUGUUUUGGAUGAAAAGGAGAAUGUAAUCACUGAGAAAGAUGCAAAGCUUGCAACUUUGGAGCAGCUAUUGUCCUCUACACGUUCUGAAUUAAAGAAAAGUGAGUUGAAGGUGAAAGAGUGUUCUUUGGAGGCAAAAGACUUGAGGGUUCAAGUCUCGGAUCUGAAUGAGAAGUGUGAAUCCAUGAUCUCCGCAGCCAAAUCACGUGAAAAUGAGACGCAGGCGUUGAAGCAGGAGAGAGAUUAUUUAGACAAGAAGCAUCUUUCGCAUAUGGAGGAACUUGGAAAGCUCUGUCUUCGGCUAGAAGAUGCGGAAAGCGAGGCUUCAUCUGCUAAGAAACUUGCAGAUUUGUUGAGACUGGAGGCUGAAGCAGCACAGAAUAACGAGAAAAGUCUCCAGACGUCACUUGCGGAGAAGUGCACUGAGAUUGAACGAGCUAAGAGCCGUAUCCAAGAGCUUGAGAAGGUGUGCUUGAAGCUCGAUAGUGAGGAAAGUGAAGCUUCAGCAUCUAAGGAACUUGUGGAUUCGAUGAAAAGGGAAGCGAAUGCCUUACGGAUGAAUGUGAACGAGCUCCAGACAUCGUUGCAGGACAAAUGCAUUGAAAUCGAUCAAGCUAACUGCCGCAUAGAAGAACUCGAAAAGAUCUGCUUGAAGCUAAAAGAUGCUGAAGACGAGGCUGCAACGGCUAAAGAGCUUGCGAGUUCGAUGAAAACAGAAGUGGAAUCAGCUCGAUACAACGAAAACAAACUCCAAGCGUUGUUGCAGGAAAAAAACAUCGAGAUUGACAAUCUUGGGAGACAGAAGAACGCACUGUCUGAAACGUUGGAGAAAAGAGCGAAACAGAACGAAGAAGCGGUUGCUGAAUGGCACAGAAUCAUCAACGCAGAGAAGGAAAAGAACAUGCGUGUGAAUACGAUGCAGCGAGUGGACUCUUUCAUGGUUUCGGAUGAAGCAACACCAAUGCAGCGCGUGAAGCGUUUGAAGGUAGAAGCAAGUGUAACCUCUUCAGGUUCUGUUUUCGAGACAGAAGAAGAUACGGCUUCACAAGAGAGCGGGAGAGCUAUGAGUGCAAUGACCCCGAGAAGAUGCACGAGCAGUGGAGGUGGAGGAGGAGAGUCUUCGUCCACAGGAAUGGAUCAUUCCAAGUACACGAUGAAGAAGCUGAGAGAUGAGAUACUGAAACACGGGUUUGGAGCUGAGUUGGUUGGGUUGAAGAAUGCAAGAAAGAGUGUGUUGGUUGAGCUCUACGAGCGUUGCGUUUUGCGAAAGUAAGAGAGGUGACAACAUGAAACAAAAAAAAUUCUUGGCAUCUCUUGACAACAAAACACAACAUGACAACAUAAUACAGUCCAGAUCCUCCUUUCUUCCAAAAAGAAACAUAAAAAUAUAUUGAUAUCUCUUGUGUUUAAGUAUAUGUUCUUAAUUUUGAUUUAUUUUAAUGUGAUUUAUUUUAAUUUCUCUAAUAUAAAUG